AUGGCGUGUGGGGCAGCUGACUUUGGCACCAGAGGGGAGUUGUUUGUGGGUUGUCGGCCCCAGAAGUGGGCCCAGGGCACUUGCCUGGGCCACGUUUCCACUCCCAACAUGCGAUCCCACGUGCAUCUGCGGCUUGCCUCUCAGAAGAAGGGGAAGGUGCUGGGCCAGGCCCCCACCUAUGGGGUCAGGUCCAGCGUUGGGGGCCUCGCCUUCCCCAGUGGUCCCCCCAUCCUGGAGGAGGACAGCCACGGCCACUCCGGGGCACAGCCAGAGGAGCCACACGCAGCCCUUCCGCAGAGCGUGGUGGCUGCAGGGUCGCAGCAGGACCUCCCGCCAGGCAGUUCCCAGGAUGGUGACUUGAAGGCACCCACGGAGAGCAUCAGCCGAGACUUGCCCAGCCAGGGCCCGAGGGACCUCAACCUGCUGCCGCCUGCCCGUCUUCAAGCCCACCUAAACAUGAGGGCCCAUCUGCGACUCCGGCAGCGCCGCCGGCGGCUGCUUAUCAAGAAAAUGCCAGCUGCGGCGGCCAUCCCGGCCAACAGCUCGGCCGGUACCUUUGUCCGGCCGGCACUCCGGGCCCUGGACGGCCACUGGGUCAGCCUGCAUCAGAGCCAGGAGGAGCGCAAGCGGGUGAUGCGGGAGGCGUGUGCCAAGUACCGGGCGAGCAGCAGCCGCAGGGCCGUCACGCCGCGCCACGUGUCCCGCAUCUUCGUGGAGGACCGCCACCGCGUGCUGUACUGCGAGGUGCCCAAGGCCGGCUGCUCCAACUGGAAGCGGGUGCUCAUGGUGCUGGCCGGGCUGGCCUCGUCCACCGCCGACAUCCAGCACAACACCGUCCACUACGGCGGCGCCCUGAAGCGGCUGGACGCUUUCGACCGCCAGGGCAUCCUUCACCGCCUCAGCACCUACACCAAGAUGCUCUUCGUCCGCGAGCCCUUCGAGAGGCUGGUCUCCGCCUUCCGCGACAAGUUCGAGCACCCCAAUAGCUACUAUCACCCCGUCUUCGGCAAGGCCAUCCUGGCCCGGUACCGCGCCAACGCCUCUCGGGAGGCCCUGCGGACGGGCGCGGGCGUGCGGUUCCCCGAGUUCGUCCAGUACCUGCUGGACGUGCACCGGCCCGUGGGCAUGGACAUCCACUGGGACCACGUCAGCCGGCUCUGCAGCCCCUGCCUCAUCGACUAUGACUUUGUGGGCAAGUUCGAGAGCAUGGAGGACGACGCCAACUUCUUCCUGAGCCUCAUCCGCGCGCCGCGGAACCUGACCUUCCCGCGGUUCAAGGACCGGCACGCGCAGGAGGCGCGCACGACGGCGCGGAUCGCCCGCCGGUACUUCGCGCAGCUCUCGGCCCUGCAGCGGCAGCGCGCCUACGACUUCUACUACAUGGACUACCUGAUGUUCAACUACUCCAAGCCCUUCGCGGACCUGUACUGAGGGGC